UGCCGCUUCAUCUUACUAGAUCUAUCUGCCACGACAAACCAUGGGAUUAGAUAGCGGAUCAAAGGACGGCCGAAACCAUUAUAGGCAAAGGGAGCCUAAUAGGCCCGCAAAGCCCUCAUCCAACGACAUUUUCGAGGAAGAAGUAUCAGCUGAGACUGGAAGUUCCGAUAAUAUUGACAUUCUGCAGCUCAUCAGCCAAGGUCUGAAGUCUUCGCCUCGAUCUCUACCAUCUCUUCUGUUAUGGGAUGCUGUCGGCCUUAAUCUUUACGAGAAGAUCACAGAAUCGCCUGACUAUUAUCUCACUCGCGUUGAAGCAGAUGUAAUCCGCAACAACGUUGACGCAAUAGUACAGUCAAUUGGAGCCAAUGGGGUAAUUUUGGAGUUAGGAAGCGGAUCGCUAGCAAAGACAUCCAUCAUUCUUGGCGAGUUUGCUAAACGGGAGAUACCUGUGACAUACUUUGCUCUUGAUCUUUGCGCAUCAUCCUUGGCAAAAAGCCUCGAAGAGCUCCGUUUAUACCUAGGCCACUCUCCCUUGGUGGCCUGCCAUCCCCUAUGCAUGACAUAUCAGGACGGCGUUUCUUGGGUGGCGAAUCAGCAAUUUCUUCGCGGAAAGAGAGUCACAGUAUUGUGGCUAGGGAGCAGCUUAGCAAACGAGCCAGUAAAUGAGUUCCGAGACCUUGUUAACGGCAUCACGACUGCAUAUACCAACAGCUCAUCCACGUCGAAUAUCCAAUUUCUUAUUGGAGUUGACGGCAAUAAAGACGCCUCGACCGUUUCCCGCGCAUAUGAUACCUCAGAUGGGCUCUCCCGUCAAUUCGCUCUCAACGGUAUCAGCAAUGUCAAUCGUGCUUUGGGCGCAGACAUUUUUGAUGCAGACAAAUGGACGUUCAAUGGUACUUGGGACCCCCAAGAAGAGGCUUUUCACACAAGCAUCAAAUCUGUGGAAGAACAGGAGGUGAGGAUUGGAGAUCAGUCGCUGCAAAUUUUGGAGGGAGAAAAUAUACGGUUUAUUCUCAGUCGCAAACUCAGCAGCAGCCAGUUUGAAAAAUGGCUUACCGGUACUGCGCUUCAAACAAUGACGGUGUGGGAGCAUACUAAGUUCAGUUAUGGGCUCUACCAGCUAGCACCAUCGUCAAAGUCCAUGCUGUAAUAAAUGACAAACUCA